AUGGCUAAUAGAUACAUUCAGAAAAAUUAUAACAUAUUGUUACUUGAAUUUGUUUCCAAGCCUUUAACAAUUAUUAAGACUCUAAUAAAAAAAUCAGUGUUUUUGAUUUAAUUAUCUAUUUUUGAAUAUUUGAAUUAGACAAUGUAUUACUAAUAUAACAAAUUGUAAUUUUCUAAAAAAUUAUACUUGGCAACAAUUCAAAAAUAGAUAAUUUUCCUACUAAAUAUUCAUUUUAAAUUAUUGAGUUAUCAUCUGAUGAAUAUUUUAUAAAUUGCAAUCCAAUAGUUCAAAUCUCUCAAAAUGAAUUUAAGAAUAUUCAAUAUGAAUUCUAAGUUUACUUACUAAAUAAAUACUACUCAAAUAUUUAGUAUUAAUUAAAUGAAACCAUUUUGGAUGAAAAUGUAAUGUUUUUAUCUCUAACUAAUGUAUCAAUUGAACUUACAGUUCCUAAAUUCUGACAAGAUCUCAAUUAACAGCUUCUAAGACUUUAUAAAAAGCUGGCUAUUGUAUGAUGAUUAGUUUGAGUUGUAGUGGCUUUUUAAUGUUGCUUUUGGGGAGGUUUUCAUAAAUAAUUUCAUUAUUAGACAUAUUUUAAUAAAAUUAGAAUACCCUUAAAACAUUUAUAUUUAUUUUGAAUCUUCUAAUUUCAUUGCUUUGCAACCAUUUUUGAAUUUUUUAAACUUUCCAGAUUUAAAUUCAAAUAUAUUUCAAAAUAGUUUUAACAGAGUGCACUUAAGUUUAAAGAGUAUUAAAUAAAUGCUAAUUUGCUUAGAAAUAUUGAUAGUUUGAUGUUCUAAAUUUUUUUGUCUGUACCUUUUGUUUACUUCUGUAUGUAUAUGAAAAUAUAUUUCGAAACAUAUUUUUUUAAGAAAGGUUUUCUAUAAUAUUCAAAAAUUUAGAUGGAAAAUUAUAAGAUCUCUUUCUAUUUAUCUAUAUCAAUUUAAAAAGAAGAACUUAGAAAUUAAAAGGAUCAUCAGUAAAGAAGCUUUUAUUAAAUUUAUUUAUGCAAAAAGUUAAGACUUAAUGUUUAAAGUUGGUAUUUUUAAUUUCCAAUAAAAAGUCUGAAAUUCAAUAUAGAGUUUCCUUAUUAAUUUGUUUUGUGUAUUUAGGAAACAUAAUUUUGAUUUCCUUUUUGGAUUUGAAAAACAUAUGGUAAUAAAAUUAUAUAAGUUUUUCAAUUAUAAUACGGAAAGUUAAUUUUAUUUAAAUAAUUCUCUUUUCAUUUUCUUUUAACAUAAUUUAAAUUUUAUCUUAUACUGUAAAGCCUACUAAUAUUACUAGUUAAAACUACUUCAAUUAUUUUGAUUUUAGAUUUUAAACCUAAAAUAAAAUAAAUACAAUAAAUAAAAUUCAACUAUUAGCUAUUUUAUCAAAUGAAAUUCCAAUAGUAGUGUUCACGCUAUUAAACAUCUCAGAUGAGAAUUUUUAAAUCUAUUAAUCUUUAAAUAAACAAAUAUAAAUUGUAUUUGCGUAGAUUGGGUUGCUAAUUUUCUUUUUAAUAUGUUUAAAAAUUAUCUCGAAAUUAUAUUUGAGUGUUAUAAUUAAUGGAAAUAAUUUAAACAAAGAAAAAGCAAUAAUAUGA